AUGGAACAACAACAACAACAACAACAAAAACAGCAGCAGGACAACGCGAACACUGCGGCUAUUAAAGACAACAGUAAUAUUUACAGGAAUUUAUGGAAGUUGCUUGUCUCGCCCAAAGUAUUAACUGGAGUUUUACAUUUCCAGAAUAAAAGCGCUUGCGACUGGGGCUGGCAAGGUUUCCUAGCUCAUGCCUGUCAUAGCUUCAUCACUGUCAUUGAUCCUCGUACUGUACAGGUGUUCCAAGUAUUAGAAAAACACAAAUCCAAUGUUGUGAAGGUAAAGUGGGCACGUGAGAAUUACCACCACGAUGCUGCUAAUCCCUACACUCUUCAGCUUGCCUCAGCUGAUGCAUCUGGCACCAUCAUAUUAUGGGAUGUUGUGCAAGGAGAAGUCAAAGCAGAAUUUUCAGAUGGCAAUAAAACUAUUCAAGAUAUGGAAUGGCUGUCAUGUCAGGACACAGCCCACAGUUUCCUUGUGGCUCUUCAUCCUCCUUAUUCUUUAGUACUUUGGAAUGCUGAAACUGGUACUAAACUGUGGAAGAAAUCUUACACUGAACCACUUGUGUCAUUUGCAUUUGAUCCAUUUGAAACCAGAAAUAUUGCAUUUCUUGGACAAGACUGCAUCAUAUUUGUGGAUGAUUUCUCUGUGACCAAAGUUCCAUCAAGUAAUGGAAAGAAAUUCUACAUAUCUAGUCCUUCAGCUCAAGGCAGUGGACGAUCUUCCAACAGUGACUCCCUUGACAAAAAAUCUUCUCGAAAUUUGGCAAAGAGAAUGUCAAAAGUCUUGGUUGGUGAAAGCAAAGUGAAGUCAAAUCUCAAUGAAGAAGAGAAUCUGACAUUGAAUGAAUGUUUACAAUUGGCUUAUCAUAAUUCAUGUCGACAUCACCUGAUUCUUCUUUAUCCACGAGAAGUCCUUAUUCUCGAUCUCAAAAUCAACCAAACAGUUGGAAUUAUUCCCAUGGAAAGAACUGGCUCCCCUUUUGUACAGGUCUUAUCUUGUCGCCAGAGAGAUGUACUAAUGUGUCUACAUGAGAAUGGAAGUGUUACUGUUCGUGUUCGCCGCAAAACCAACAUUAUUAGUACACCAGCCUCAGAAGGAACUGGAGCUUUUGACGACGGUCCUCCAAACCCCACCCUGGAUGUCUCUUAUGAUCUGCGUUGUCAGUCUGAUCCAUUAAGGAUUACCCGUCACAGCAAGGUGUAUGGGGUAUCUAUGUGCCCUGUGUCUGAACGAUUGCUCUCUCUUGUUAUGAGUGACAGCAGAGUUCUCUUCAUUGAAUUAAAAGCCACAGAAUUUAAAGUGGGCUGCAACUACCCCAUACAGCUGACGUCACCAUUGUAUACACCAGGUUAUUCUCUUGACCCACUGGUCAGUUUUACCAAUACAGUGUAUUGUGAUGGGGCCAACCAAUUUCCAGUUCCAAGUGACAUCCCUUAUCCACGCAAUACCCUUUUUGACCUGAUUGGUCAGCCCCAGUUAGCGGCUGGGGGCACUUAUGAUGCUGGCUCUCCUUGUCGAAUGUCUAAUCAUGGCAUUGCACUGAAAUUCAUGCUAACUGGUCUUCUCAGUGGCAUUGCAUCUCCGGUUUCUGUUAUUAGAAUGUCUCCACCUUUAACACAAAAGAAUGCAUCCAUGUACAAACCUCUUUUGGCAGUCGGCAAUCAUUCUGGUUCUAUACAGAUAUUUAAUUUGUGCAGUGGACAGUUAGAAAAAGAAUUUAGCCUUCAUUCCAGUACUGUCAGAGGAAUAGAGUGGGCUGGAUUACAAUCGUUCAUGUCUUAUGCCUACCCUGAGCCAAAUGCCAAUGGAUUAGUAAAAAAUGAAAUCUUACUGGUGGAUAUAAUUUCAGGAAACGAGACUCAAGUUCGUGUACGAAGAGAUGAGGAAUCCCCAAUUUAUGCAUUACGCGUGUCACCCAUGAGACAAUAUUUCGUGAUUACAUUCAAAGACAAACCAUUUGAGUUAUGGGAUCUCAAGAAUUUGUCUUUACUGCGAGAUGUGAGGAAAAGUACUGCACGAAUGACAGCUGUUGAAUGGUUUCCUGCUUCCAACAUCCGUACACUGAAGAGAAAAUUAAAUUCUGAAAAUAAGGAAAGUGAGAAUCCUGUGAAUCUUAAUGCUGACAGUCUUUCCACAUCUUCAUUGGCCAAUUUGGAAAGUUCUUCAGGGGAUAACAAACCAAACCCCAAAGUCAUUGGCAAAGAGCACUUGGUAUUCACUGAUCAAGAAAGCACCUUGUACCAUUUUGUCAUUGAAGGAAGUACGUUCACUGAUGUCUCUAAGAUUCCAGUUGAAAGCGGUUUGAGCGUGAUUACUUCUUUGGCAUGGAAGAACGACCAUUUAGCAUUUGGGGAUAUGGAUGGCAUAUUAUGUAUUUGGGAUCUGAAAGGAAGAAUUUCAAGAACCGUUUCCACACACCGGUCUGUCAUUAAGAAAAUCCGAUUUGGGCCAGGGAAGGCUAAUCUUAAAUUUUUCCUGGUCUACAAUGAUGGAUUGGAUAUCUUUGAAAUCAAAGAUCAAAAGGAAGAAAUGAUUGUGUCUUUCAAAUGCCCGAAAGAUAUUCCUCGAGUUAUUGAUGCCGAAUGGGGACAAUCAGACAAACCAGUUGUUCUUAUGUCAGAUGGUUGCAUCCGUAUAUUUGACCUUACCAUGAAGAAAGCUUCUUCUCCAAUCAUAGACUGGGACUUGGAAGAAAAGAUUUUUUGCCCUGCCUUGUUACCCAGCCAUGGUUCUUUGCUGAUGAAAACAUUUUUACAAAACCAAACUUGGAAUGAAAAGUACACAUUCAAGCUCACAGGUAUGAGAGAUGAGGAUCAAGAAAUCCAAAAUAGUGUCAACAAACAACUGAAACUAAUAAACAGUGAUCUCAUGUCAUAUCUUCCUUCAUCAAAGUUUGGUGUUGCCCAGCGUUGUCUCUUGGCUGCUAAAUUAUUUGGUGAUGAGGCUGAAGUCCAUUUCUGGACAGUAGCUCUCCACUAUAUGAGGUCAGAAAAAGUAGCACCUAUGAGUAAGACAGUGAGUCGCAGUGUUUCUGAAGGAGCAGCCGGGGAUUUAUUUAUUCCACUGACUCCAAACAACAAAGAGACACACGAUCUUGUUGUGUUCAACAGUCCACAACAUGAAGACACAACCAUGUUGUACCAACAGUAUCGAGAUGAACCGUUAGAGAAAUGUUAUGAUGUUCUGCAGGAUAGUGCUACAUUCCAGAAAUCUCAGUUGGACCGUAUUGCCCUCCAUGACAGCAAAAGGGCUUCAUAUGAAAACACAAAAAAAUGUGCUGAAAAUUACGUUUUACUUGGUCAGACUGAUCGAGCUGUUCAGCUUUUACUGGAAACAGAAGCAGACAAUGACAAUUAUUAUGUAGACAGUCUGAGAGCCUGUCUUGUGGCCAGCAUUCGGUCAUCAGGAGCAAGCCAAAGUACGAUUAAACUUGUGGCUACUAAUUUGAUUGCCAAUGGCAAAUUGUCAGAGGGCAUUCAGUUGUUAUGUUUGAUUGAUAAAGGACUGGAUGCUUGCCGCUACCUGCAGACUUAUGGUGAUUGGGACCAAGCUGUGUGGCUAGCUAAGGCCACACUUAAUUAUUCUGAAUAUAGUGAAGUCAUGAAAAGAUGGGCUGAUCAUUUGUGUUCACCUCAAGUCAGUCAAAAAAGCAAAGCUGUGUUAGCAAUGUUGUCUCUUGGUCAGUUUGUUCGAGUGGCUGAAAUAUUGUAUGGAAUGCGUUACUUUGACCGUGCUGCUCGCUUUAUUGAAGCUUGUCUGGAAUUUGGUCUUCUUGACAAAUCUGAAGAAAAUGCUCCCCUUAUUGAGGCCAUAUUUUUGGAAUUCUCUCGUCUCCUUAUCAACAUGGGUCUGAAGCAAGCAGCUUUAUAUUAUGGACAGAUGGCAGCCAGUGAAAAGGAGAGAGAAAAACUUUCAGCAGUCAAAGAAGCUGAACAAUUUGGCAUUAAAUGA